AUGUCUCGCACCUCCGUCCGGGGAAUUCCUUCCUAUUACUUGUUCACAAAAAGACGAUCACGUCUCGCACCUCCCGUCCGAGGAAUUCCUUCCUAUUACUUGUUCACAAAAGACGAUCAUACGAUCAUGUCUCACCUCCCGUCCGAGGAAUUCCCUUCGUAUUACUUGUUCAAAAGACGAUCAUGUCUCCCUCCCGUCUGUGGAAUUCCUUCCUAUUACUUGUUCAAAAAGACGAUCAUGUCUCGCACCUCCCGUCCGAGGAAUUCCUUCCUAUUACUUGUUCAAAAAGACGAUCAUGUCUCGCACCUCCGUCUGUGGAAUUCCUUCCUAUUAUUUGUUCACAAAAAGACGAUCAUGUCUCUCGCACCUCCGUCCGGGGAAUUCCCUUCCUAUUACUUUGUUCACAAAAAAGACGAUCAUGUCUCGCACCUCCGUCCGAGGAAUUCCCUUCCUAUUACUUGUUCACAAAAGACGAUCAUGUCUCGCACCUCCCGUCUGUGGAAUUCCUUCCUAUUACUUGUUCACAAAAGACGAUCAUGUCUCGCACCUCCCGUCCGAGGAAUUCCCUUCCUAUUACUUGUUCACAAAAGACGAUCAUGUCUCCUGUCUGUGAUUCCCUCCUAUCUUGUUCACAAAAACGAAUUCCUUCCCGUCGAUUACUUGUUCACAAAGACGAUCAUGUCUCCUUUCCUCCCGUCUGUGGAAUUCCCUUCCUAUUACUUGUUCACAAAGACGAUCAUGUCUCGCACCUCCCGUCCGAGGAAUUCCCUUCCUAUUACUUGUUCACAAAAGACGAUCAUGUCUGAUCAUGUCUGUGGAAUUCCCGUCCUGUUCACAAAGACGAAUUCCCGUCCUUCCUUCCUAUUACUUGUUCACAAAAGACGAUCAUGUCUCCUCCGUCUGUGGAAUUCCCUUCCUAUUACUUGUUCACAAAAGACGAGGUCUCGCAAAUUCCCUUCGUAUUACUUGUUCACAAAAGACGAUCAUGUCUCACCUCCCGUCUGUGGAAUUCCUUCCUAUUACUUGUUCACAAAAGACGAUCAUGUCUCGCACCUCCCGUCCGAGAAUUCCUUCCUAUUACUUGUUCACAAAAGACGAUCAUGUCGAUCAUGGAAUUCCUUCCUAUUACUUGUUCACAAAAGACGAUCAUGUCCCGUCUCAAAUCCGGAAUUCCCUUCCUAUUACUUGUUCACAAAAAGACGAUCAUGUCUCGCACCUCCCGUCCGGGGAAUUCCUUCCUAUUACUUGUUCACAAAGACGAUCAUGUCCGCACCCCUUCCCUCAUGUCUGUGGAAUUCCUUCCUAUUACUUGUUCACAAAGACGAUCAUGUCUCGCACCUCCCGUCCGAGGAAUUCCCUUCCUAUUACUUGUUCACAAAAGACGAUCAUGUCUCGCACCUCCGUCUGUGGAAUUCCUUCCUCGAUCAUGUCUCGCACCUCCCGUCCGAGGAAUUCCCUUCCUAUUACUUGUUCACAAAAGACGAUCAUGUCUCGCACCUCCCCGUCCGGGGAAUUCCCUUCCUAUUACUUGUUCACAAAAGACGAUCAUGUCUCGCACCUCCCGUCCGAGGAAUUCCUUCCUAUUAUUGUUCACAAAGACGAUCAUGUCUCGCACCUCCCAUCUGUGGAAUUCCCUUCCUGUCCGUUCCAAAAGACGAUUCCUUCCCAUCCGAGGAAUUCCUUCCCUUCACAAAAAGACGAUCAUGUCUCGCACCUCCGUCUGUGGAAUUCCUUCCUAUUACUUGUUCAAAAGACGAUCAUGUCUCGCACCUCCGUCCGAGGAAUUCCUUCCCUAUUACUUGUUCACAAAAGACGAUCAUGUCUCGCACCUCCCGUCUGUGGAAUUCCUUCCUAUUACUUGUUCACAAAAGACGAUCAUGUCUCGCACCUCCCGUCCGAAGGAAUUCCUUCCUAUUACUUGUUCAAAAGACGAUCAUGUCUCGCACCUCCCGUCUGUGGAAUUCCUUCCCUAUUACUUGUUCACAAAGACGAUCAUGUCUCGCACCUCCGUCCGAGGAAUUCCCUUCCUAUUACUUGUUCAAAAAGACGAUCAUGUCUUCCGUCUGUGGAAUUCCUCCCGUCUGUCGGAAUUCCUUCCCCUAUUACUUGUUCACAAAAAGACGAUCAUGUCUCACCCUCCCGUCUGAGGAAUUCCUUCCUAUUACUUGUUCACAAAAAGACGAUCAUGUCUCGCACCUCCGUCCGAGGAAUUCCUUCCUUUACUUGUUCACAAAAGACGAUCAUGUCUCGCACCUCCGUCUGUGGAAUUCCUUCCUAUUACUUGUUCACAAAAAGACGAUCAUGUCUCGCACCUCCCGUCUGUGGAAUUCCCUUCCUAUUACUUGUUCACAAAAAAGACGAUCAUGUCUCUCCCGUCUGAGGGAAUUCCUUCCUUGUUCACAAAAGACGAUCAUGUCUCGCACCUCCCGUCCGGGAAUUCCUUCCUAUUACUUGUUCACAAAAGACGAUCAUGUCUCUCGCACCUCCCGUCUGUGGAAUUCCUUCCUAUUACUUGUUCACAAAGACGAUCAUGUCUCGCACCUCCCGUCCGGGGAAUUCCUUCCUAUUACUUGUUCACAAAAGACGAUCAUGUCUCGCACCUCCCGUCUGAGGAAUUCCUUCGUAUUACUUGUUCACAAAGACGAUCACGUCUCGCACCUCCGUCCGAGGAAUUCCUUCCUAUUACUUGUUCACAAAAGACGAUCAUGUCUCGCACCUCCCGUCCUGGAAUUCCUUCGUAUUACUUGUUCACAAAAGACGAUCAUGUCUCGCACCUCCCGUCCGGGGAAUUCCCUUCCUAUUACUUGUUCUGAAAAGACGAUCAUGUCUCGCACCUCCCGUCCGUGGAAUUCCCCUUCCCCGUAUUACUUGUUCACAAAAAGACGAUCAUGUCUCGCACCUCCCGUCCGAGGAAUUCCCUUCGUAUUACUUGUUCACAAAAAGACGAUCAUGUCUCUCGCACCUCCCGUCUGUGGAAUUCCCUUCCUAUUACUUGUUCACAAAAGACGAUCAUGUCUCGCACCUCCCGUCCGAGGAAUUCCUUCCUCAAAAAGACGAUCAUGUCUCGCACCUCCUGUCCGAGGAAUUCCUUCCUAUUACUUGUUCACAAAGACGAUCAUGUCUCUCGCACCUCCGUCCGGGGAAUUCCUUCCUAUUACUUACGAUCAUGUCUCGCACCUCCCCCGUCUGUGGAAUUCCUUCCCGUCCGAGGAAUUCUAUUACUUGUUCACAAAGACGAUCAUGUCUCUCGCACCUCCCGUCCGAGGAAUUCCUUCGUAUUACUUGUUCACAAAAAAGACGAUCAUGUCUCGCACCUCCCACGAUCAUGUCUCGCACCUCCGUCCGAGGAAUUCCCUUCGUAUUACUUGUUCACAAAAGACGAUCAUGUCUCGCACCUCCCGUCCGAGGAAUUCCCUUCCUAUUACUUGUUCACAAAGACGAUCAUGUCUCGCACCUCCCCGUCCCUUCGUAUUAUUUGUUCACAAAAGACGAUCAUGUCUCGCAUCUCCGGGAAUUCCUUCCUAUUACUUGUUCACAAAGAAUUCCCCUGUUCCUAUUACUUGUUCACAAAAGACGAUCAUGUCUCGCACCUCCCGUCCGAGGAAUUCCCUUCGUAUUACUUGUUCACAAAAGACGAUCAUGUCUCGCACCUCCCGUCCGAGGAAUUCCUUCCUAUUACUUGUUCACAAAGACGAUCAUGUCUCGCACCUCCCCGUCCGAGGAAUUCCUCCUAUCUUGUUCACAAAAGGAAUUCCUUCCUAUUACUUCCUAUUACUUGUUCACAAAGACGAUCAUGUCUCGCACCUCCCGUCUGAGGAAUUCCUUCGUAUUACUUGUUCACAAAAGACGAUCAUGUCUCGCACCUCCCGUCCGAGGAAUUCCUUCGUAUUACUUGUUCACAAAAGACGAUCAUGUCUCACCUCCCGUCCGAGGAAUUCCUUCCUAUUACUUGUUCACAAAAGAGACGAUCAUGUCUCGUUCACCUCCUGUCCGUCCGGAAUUCCCUUCCUAUUACUUGUUCACAAAAGACGAUCAUGUCUCGCACCUCCCGUCUGA